GCAUAAACUUGUAAGGUCAGAAAUGGCUAUCCUUCUUCUUCCUCCUCCGACGACUAUCGUCUUCUCCAACUCAUCUUCUACACAAUUAAUCCUACGAAGUCCCAAGUUCACGCGGCGUGUGCGUUGCCGUAUCUCCGAUUCCUCAGAGGUUAAAUCAGAUGAAGGAGCUUCGAAACUGGAGUAUAAGCCAGGACCUCUCGACGAUUUCUUCAUGCAAUCGUUCCGGAACAAAUUGGUCGAGGAAGUCGGGUCGGAUUCAGAGAAACCCGGGUACGUUGGACUUAUUGAGCUGGUGAAGCUUCUCUUGUUGAAAGGUCGAACUAGGUCCGAGACAAGUGAUGCUGCGGUGCGAAUACUGAAAUCGUUGUUUCCUCCACUCAUUUUAGAGCUUUACAAGGUCCUCGUUGCUCCUAUAGCACAAGGCAAAUUAGCUGCAUUGAUGGUUGCGAGAGUAACUGUACUUACCUGUCAAUGGCUGAUGGGACCGUCCAAAGUAAAUGUCAUUGAUCUUCCUAAUGGAGAAUCUUGGGAUAGCGGGGUUUUCGUCGAGAGAUGUAAGUAUCUAGAAGAAAGCAAGUGUGUAGGAGUAUGCAUUAAUACAUGCAAACUACCAACUCAGACAUUCUUUAAGGACUACAUGGGAGUUCCUUUGGUGAUGGAACCAAACUUCAAAGAUUAUAGUUGCCAGUUUAAAUUUGGAGUAGCUCCACCGGAGGAUGAUAGCAAUGUUAAUGAACCAUGUUUUGAGACAUGCUCAAUCGCCAGCCGCCGGAAAUUAAAACCUGGGGAGUGUCCUAUGGCGUAAAUCGUCGUUUUUGUGUCCAUACACCGACAUUUUAUAUCGUGUAACUUGUGUAUAUCAACAUUCUAGAUUUGAUUCUAGUUAUGAUUGCGAAAGAAAACAUAAAUUUCUCUAAUAUGUCGAUAUAAAGCCUCUUACCCUAUGCAAAACUAUGGUCCUUGAUGGGUUUGUGAAGAUCAAGAUGGAGGACAAAUCUCUAAAGUCGAAAAGGAUCUACGAACACCAGCCACAAAGUAUCUCCUCGCUCCAUUUAGUGUUGAAGAUCAUCGUCACACAUCAUCAGAUAAACCAUCUUUCUUUUGAAAAAGAUUGUAUAGACCUGAUCAAGAUUUAGUCUGUACUUACUCAUUCA